AUGGGCGCAUAUGGCGAUGAUGGCCUGCUCGAGACAAAUAGUGACGAUGACUUUGCAUCUACACUGCUGCACAGCUAUAAUCUAGAACCUGGUCCUACUCAUGAUGCAUCCUCCUCACAAAAUGCUGACGUGAUGAAGGCGUCCUCCAUCACAGACACAGGCGUCCAGCAAGCCAAAAUUGUUGAUCGUGAUGCAUCAGCCGCUACAGAGAUUAUCACAGAAACUUACUACACGCUUGCUUGUCAUGGUGCUUCAAUCUUACUUGAGCGAGACCCAUUUGCAGGGACAGGAGGAUUACUCUGGCCUGCAGGAGAACGACUCGCCAUGCAUCUCUGUCGGGUUGCUACGCAAGAUCCUUCACGUUUUGCAAAUAAACGGAUCAUUGAGCUCGGAACAGGGACGGGCGUCGUGGGCAUUGCAAUGGCAAUGACGACGGACUUGGGCAAAGAGGGACUUCUUGUGCUUACUGAUCUCGAUCCCGUACUACCGAUCGUUAAGCGGAAUAUUGCACUCAAUGGGUGUAGUCCCUCACGCGUCACGGUUGAAAGACUUGCAUGGGGUGAAGCAUUGCCAUCACUCUUCAAAGCAAGUGAGGGUCAUCCUGUAGAUGUCGUGGUCAUGGCAGAUGUGAUUUACCAUGAAGAUCUCUUCCAACCACUUCUUGAUACACUCCUCUAUCUGUUCCAAGCCAAUCCAGGCAUGGUGGGCUACUUGGGCUACAAAAAACGGCGACGUGCAGACUGGCUGUUUCAAAAGUCACUGAGGCGGACAUUUGAGAUGCGCUUGUUGGAGGAAGUGCAGCCUGUCUGUAUUGAGCAGGUGCAUAGCAAGGACGAAAGAUGGAGACAGGGUGUCUAUCUCUAUGAACUGACCUUGAGGAGCCCAUCCUGA